CGUGGUUUGCGUUCGGUUCAGUCGCGCUUGAGUCUCGCUGAGUUCACCGUUUGUUCUAGGGACGAGUUACGCACAUCGAAUCGGAUCGGGUCGGGUCGCGUCGCGUCUCCCCGAGACACCGAGAGUCAAUUCGAGCCCAAGCCAAGCCGAGAAAAGCAAAGAAAAGAAAAGAAAAAGAAAGAGAAGGGGUUACCGAAGGAGACGGUCGCGGCUAGAAAGAAGUGAAAGAGAUUUUCGAGUUCUUAACGCGGGAUAAAAACAGUGAGCCAACAAACAGUGGAGAUCCGAGUCUAUCAGGUUCGGACAAGGUCACGUGGUUUGGGCGAUUUUCCUUCCUUCACGUCGCUGUUCGUUUUCCGGAUCGAGCUGUCUCACCUGCUCGGCACCGCAUAUCCGUUGCUCAAAAACAAGGAUAGUUGAGGAUACCGGGAGUGGAAUCCCGCGAACCUUCAUCCUCGUCGUGGACCUUAAUCACCUGAUCAUCGUCAUGGCUGGCGCGGGGGAAGUUUGGGUCCAGUGGUUCACGUGUUGCCUCACGCAGCAGGGCCCCGGGGCACGGAGCAAGCGACAAAGGCCCCAACAGCAGAGGCUGAGGAUAGACCGAAGCAUGAUAGGGGCGCCGACGAACUUUCAACACACCGGUCACAUCGGCAGCGGUGAUCUCGAUAUGGCGAACGCCCAUUUGUCCGCUAUCCAGACGCAGAUGCAGGGCAAGGGAGGCUACGAGGCCUCGUUUGGCGUCAAGGCCUGCUGAGACACGGUCGCCCCGAGGGCAUUGGAGACCGACUUGUGAUGAUCGUCCCUAGGGAUAUUUUGAACGUGUUGAAGAUAUUUAAAAUAUGGCGACGAGAGAGAGAGAGAAAAAGGGGGGGGGGAGGGAGAGAAAAAGUGAUGUUGUACAUAUAUGCUGCUAUUGCUGCUCUGCCGAUGUUGAAAAAGUCGCGUGUGACGAAAGUCCGUUUAUUAGUUUCGGACUGACAAAUGGAUUUUAUGACGUCGAGCAUUGCAAACGCUUGUUAGCCAAUCGGAGGUGUGUGUUUUUUUUCUUUCUCGUUUUUGUUUUGAUUUUUAUUUUCCUAAAUAAACAAAAUAUAUACGCGGUCGCGAGUGAAUGUAAAAGAGAGGAAAUAAAAAAAGAACGAAAAUAGUUAAUACAAAAACGUAACUGUCUAUUAUUAUCAAGCGAAAGUGAAAAUGAAUUCCUCCUUGUUGUACAUAUACCUGCAUUGUAUAAUUAUAUACGAAAUAAGAAGAAAAAGGAGUGGAAAAAUGAAAUGAAGCGGAGAGAAACGACACAGAGAACAAUUGUCCCGAGGAAUUAUUUUGUAAUAAAAAUAUUAAUGAUUAUAAUAUAAGAGAUAAUUCUGCGAGGAUAUGAUAUUUACGACUGUGCAGUUAGAAUGUGAAAAAUUUUGAUCAAACUUAACAGAAGGACAAUGAAUAACGAAGGAUACGAAAUGAAAUCAGUUGAAAUGCCGAUAGACGAAUCGAACCGGCUUGUAGUAUUUUUUAUUAUUAUAAAAUAACCGUUAGUACGUAAUAAGUAUUAUAAUAGCGCGAAUGAAUACUAUAUUGAUUUUAUGCUGUAUGAUAUACCUACGUAAGAAUGAAUUAUUGAAAGAUUACGCGAAGAGGAAGGAAUUGAUCACUUCUUAAAAGUUUGAAUAUAUGAGAGGAAACAUGUAAUGCAUUUCUGUAGCAUAAGAUGUAUAACGCGUUUAUAAGAGUAGAUACGUAAAAAUCUGUUGUGAAAUUUUUCAAGUUUAAGAACAAACCGAAAACCUGUAUGAUCGCAUAUUUAAGUGAAAAAUUUACUGAUAUGCAACAUUUUGCAUCGAAGUAUAUUCAAUACGUGUGUUAUUUUUUUUUGUUCACUUUUUUCUUUCUCUCAAUGAUGAGAUAAACAAAAACUGAGCCAAGGAACGAAUGAAUAUAAAUUUUCAAAGCACGCGAUUUUUCAAUUUCGAUUUUUCAAUGCCUUCUAACUGACUAAUGUGCUUUGUUUUAUUAUCAUUGCUCAAUCACUUGCGAUGCGAUGUGUACAACGGCGCAUUGACUAUUCAUCAAUAUGAACUAAAUGUGAUUUCGUAUCUAUAAGUAAUUCAAGACAACAGGUUCAAGGAACUGGGGAAAUAAUCUUGAGGAUGAUUUUCCUUUCUAUUUCUUUGAAAAUAAUUUUUUUCCCUUAUUUUAUUGGCCUUCGUUUAAAUCAGAAUAAUGGGGCCAAAUCAUUGUCGAAUGGACAAUAUGACGGAUAGAAUUAAUACUGAAUACCGAAACGUAAAUGAAAUUAUCUUUUUCAUUUCUUGGUUCAAUACAGAGUUUCGAAUGAAAUUCUACUCGAAUUAAGUUACAACAGCCAGUUUAGUCUUCCGGAUAAGUUCAUAUUAACAACGCAUAACAGUUUAUACUGCCGGAUUAUUCAACUUUUUAACAAAAGUCGAAUAAUCGUUUCCAAUUAAUGCCAUGCUUCAUUAUGGUGCUUUGCGUUAAUCUUCAAACUUCCAUAUUUUCUUCUUAUUGAAUUUAUCGCACGAGGCUAACUUCUCUCUUAUAUUCUACAAGUUUUAUCGAAGAUUUAUCAAUGACUAAAUAUAAUGCAAAAUAUUUUGUUUUCUUAUUGGUUUCAUACAGAAUUUAUAAAUUUAGAUUUCGUUUUUAAAUAUUAUUUAUUUUAUUUUUAUUUCAAAAGGAUCGUAGAAAUAAUCUUCAGUUUAAAGUUCUCUUCAAGCCAUUGAAGUGACGUCCCCAGACAGUUUGAAAUCGACCAUUAAGAGCUUUAGAGAAUGUUAGGAUAUUAAAUGAAACUAGAAUUCUUUUCUUUCACCACAUACAUAUUUUUGUAUGCCACGUGUAUUGCACAUUUGCAAAUUUGUAGUAAGUUAGCUUGAACAUACGCGAUUCCGCAAUUCAAAUUUGUGCGUACAGUAUCUGUGUCACAAUGACGAAAUAAUUUAUACAUUAUUAGCAAUUAAAUUCGUAGGAAUGAUGAAAGUAAAUAAGAGAAAAAAAGGCAUUUUUAACAAAAAAAUGUAGCGUGCAAUAAAUUGCACAGAUUUCCGAUCUGUUGAAAUUGUAGAUUGAAAAUCUGUAUAAACAUUAGCGUGAUCAUCGUGAAUUCUGAUAGUAAAAGAGAUGCUAAACCUAUCUAUUUUUUCGCAAGCGGAAGUAACUA